UUUCAUUCACUAGAUCAAAUGCUUGCUGACUACACCACCAAGCCUGCCCUAUACCCAGCCACUACAUGACUUAUCCAACGAUUCUUCACAAUUCUAUUAGGUUUAGAAGGAAGAAAACGAAAUGUUUAUCACAAUUUAAAUAUUUGAUCUCGUUUAUCUAGAUCUACACCGGUAAGAUAAAAACAAACCCGAAAAACUUUUGCCUAUACUUUUGGACCUAAGUCUGCAAACAAAAACACACCUCUUAUCCUUACAAACACCUCCCACCCCACACCCACCCUCUCACCCGCUAAGAAGGAAGUGAAUUCAAACUGUUUCAAAACGCUGUAACUGUACGUAAGCUAAGGGGAGAUAAAGACGGCUACCAUUCGGCCUAUUAUGUGCUGUAGGUAAUGUAGCUGUCCGGAUCUAUGGGAUAACAACACUGGCCUAGAAUAGACGUGUGUACCUGUCUUAGCUACGUUACCACAUACGUGAGACUAGAGACAUAGAGGCGGUCAUCGUGUUACUCUCGUGUAGUGUGUUCUUGAUUCUGAUAUUGGACUAGCUGUUAUUCAUACACAUAGAUUUUUCACAUAUUUCAAUCUGGAGUAGUACGUUCCAAUAUAUUUCGCCAAUAUUUCUAACCCGGACUAACACAUGCAUAUAUAUGUUGUGUAAAUUUCUCUAUAUGCAACCCGAUACUGGACGUGUACAUAUACAUACUGUAUGUAUAUUUCUAGCACUGAUACUGGACUUGCAGAUCUACAUACACAUAACUUUUUCACAUAUUUUAACUUGAGUAACACAUACGUAUACAAAUUGUGUCUAUACCUAUACAGUACACGAUACUGAACUUGUACAUAUAUAUUUUUUCUGUACCGGGACUAGAUCUAGUACAUACAGAUAUUUUGUGUUCGUAUUUCUAACACAAUCAAGAUUGAUACGUACAUCGUUGUAUUCUACCGUAACUGGUAUUUGGUUUGGAUCCUAAGCCUAGACCUUACCAAGAAACGUCACGAACAGAGAAACCUUGUCAGCAGCUUCACUGGAGCGUGACGAACUUCAACCCCACCUCCCUCCACCCGUCCUUACUUGGAAUAUAUCACCACCAAGAUGGCGGCAAUGCCUGAACUAAAACGGUUUCUGGUCCCCUUGGUCUUACUUCUGCUGAGCUGCGACACAAACGGGCAGGAGACGCCCACGACUACCUUAAUAACGACAUCUCCUACCACACCCACAACCACACCCACAUCCGUCAUAUCCACCACUACCAGAACCACUGCCAUCACAUCAACUACCCCCAUGUAUAUACCAGAGAAUUGCUUACGGUGUGAAAAUGUAUGCAAUAACCCACAAGCGUGUUAUUUUAAGUGUCUGGCUAACUGUCCGGAUGGUUAUUUUCUGUUAACUGGACACAGUGAGUGUCUGGUCAAGCAAGAUACAACAAACGAAACAACCACAGUUUUUACCAAUGAGACAACAUCUGCAUCCAAUGAGACAACAGCAGCGACAAUAACAACAACGAUACCAAAAGUGUAUUGCAAGCAUUGCAAUAUAGAAAACUGCAAGCAUUGUGAGUUAGUAAAUAGAGUUAGAAACUGCACGGAGUGUGUUGCUGGUUCCCUGUUGGUCAACAACACAUGUCGCCCUACUCCAGCUGAAGACAAGGCCAGCAUCGUGGGACCAGUGGUGGGAGGUGUCGUAGGUGGGCUGGUGGUAGUGGUCGUUAUCAUCGUCAUCAUCAUCUGUGUCUGCAAGAGAAGACGAAGGCAGGAUCUACAUACAAGUAGCUCUGGCCUGGAGAAUCUGACCCUCGACCAAUCGACGUCAUCGCCCAGCCUGACGAAGAUCGACGAGGAAAGCAUACAGCGCGCGCACGACCAAAUCACGCGCUACACACGUGACCCGACGGAAAAGCACCCAACCCCGCCCUCUCCAGCCAGCAUUGGCGCCAGCCAGAGAAGUGAGAGCAAGGAUUUAGACGAACUGCCCAUAGCCCCACCCCCACCCACUGGCGGGGAGAGCUACGAUGCACUUGCCUUCCCGUCCCCCACCAACCCGGUGUCCUACUCCCCUGUCCCGAUGAGAAGAGAUCUCCCCGCUGACGACACCUACGCCAACACCGCCUCCAUCCUCCAGCAGAUCAACGCCACCGACAGCAUCUACGCCAACACGGCUGACCCCGAACCGGAAAACUACGAAUUUCCUAGUUCCGCCAUUGCUAACACCCCACGCAUGCGCAGCGACGUCCCGCCACAGCAAGAGACCGCGUCUAUGUGUGACGAUCAGGAGAUAUACAUGAACGAAGACGCGAACGGAACAGAUCAGCAAGAGAUUUAUUCCAACGAGACGGUAAACCAUGAGGAAGAUCAGGAAAUUUAUGCCAACCAAGAAUUUGAAGGCGGGGAAGAAAUCUACCUAAACCAACCGGUUGGGAAAUAGUUCCUCGACACAGAAAGUUGUAUGAAGUUUUUACACUGAAACUUUCAAUGAAUUUCUUUUCCCUCUGUGUCAAGUAUUGAUUGAAUUGGCGAUUUCUACUAUAAUGCGUUGGCGCCCAAUGUUUUGAAAUCUCCAAAAAGUUACACCUUUUUCGAUAAUUUAAAUUUCUGCAUCAUUAGCAGGGAAAGUGCUGCCCCUUCCUCUGGCUGGCACAGUUACUAUUGCCAGGUACCAGAUUUUGCUGGAGAAGCUCAUUGAGGAUCUAUGAUUCUUCAGUUCUGCCUAGAACGCCUAACCCUAUGGUUACCAUACAUACCCAGUGGCACUAGCUUUAAAUUGGCAAAUUAACACAAAAUAAACUAGACAAUAUAUAGUAGCAACUACCCUGCAUAUUUAAACUAGCUUUAAUAAUAGUAACCACUCGAGGUAGCCUCAUCUCUAUCGGGGGCUACCUCAAUAUCUUUACACUUCAGUACAUACAUCUAUAAUCUAAAAAUAAAUACAUAGACAUCUAUGCAAGUGUCAUGAUCGAAAUAGACAUAUUUCUGUAAACAAACUAUCAUUGUUUCUCGAUGUUUUUUCAAGAGUUCAGUACUCUACAAUGUGGUCAUAUUCAGCUAAUCCAGGGUGGCACAAAGGCUGUAUCAAACAUUCUGAUACACAGAACAAGUGGACUACAGAAAAUAACUUCAAACUAAUUAUUGCUAAUUCUAAUGCAUGCAAUUACAAGACCACACUUCAUGUCUUAUCUAUUAACGUUGAAUGUGAUG